AUAGUAUACUCAAAUAAGAGAAAAGGAAAGGGAAAAAGUUUCCACAUCGUACGACCCGAAUUCCUUUUUCUAUUGGUUCGAAUAUCAAGAUAUGAUGCAGAUGGCCACUAUUCGAGUCGCGUAAACUGAACUGAUUCGCUACUUCCGAUAUCAAUUAAAUAAAGGGAUUUUUGAGCUUCAUCCGGUGCUGUGCAUACAAUAAAGAAUUGCUGGGAUAUAACUAAAGAAAGCACAUUGAAAUUCUGCACAUUAACAGAUGUCUUCUGAUCACGAAACACAAUAUGGUCGCACAAUGGAUAGCGUAGAAAACAGGGUAACAAAUGGCCAUGAUUCAAGUUCCACAGUUGUUCAUUCUCCUAGCAUGCCCUGGUUUGGAAUGGAUAUAGGUGGAACUUUAGUUAAAUUAGUGUAUUUUGAACCAACUGACAUUGCUCCUGAGGAAGAGAAUGUAAGCUCUUCAGAAAUUGAAACCUUACACAACAUUCAAAAGUAUCUCACUAGUAACAAUGCUUAUGGAGAGACAGGGCACCGAGACAUUCAUCUGCAGAUGAGUUCAAUUCCAAUGGGAAACAGAGUAGGAACAUUACAUUUCAUCAGAUUUCCUACCUCUGAAAUGGAGCAAUUUCUGCAGCUAGCAAAAUCUAAAGGAUUUGCCUCUCUGUCCACAACAAUUUGUGCCACAGGUGGAGGUGCAUACAAGUUUGAAAAAGACUUUUUAAGGGUUGUUAAUUUAAAUCUACAUAAAUCGGACGAACUGGAAUCCCUUAUCGGUGGGCUCUUGUACAUUGAAGAAAUUCAUCGUCCCGAGGUUUAUUAUUGGGAAAAUCCAACUGACGAAACUAAGUGCGUAAAAAAAACAUAUGACUUCAAGAACCCAUAUCCGUUUUUGCUAGUAAAUAUUGGUUCAGGUGUGAGUAUACUUGCUGUGUAUGGCCCAAAUAAUUUCAAACGAGUCACCGGUACCAGCUUGGGUGGUGGAACUUUCUUGGGAUUAUGCUGCUUGCUUACCGGAUGCCAGUCUUAUGAAGAAGCUAUCGCGCUCGCUGCUGCUGGUGACUCAACGAAGGUUGAUAAGAAAGUCCGAGACAUUUACGGUGGAGACUAUGACCGAUUCGGGUUGGAUGGCAACAUUGUUGCAAGCAGUUUCGGUCAAAUGAACUUAUCUGAUCGAAGAGCCGAAGUAACCAAAGCAGAUUUAGCCCGUGCGACGCUUGUAACCAUUACAAAUAACAUCGGAUCCAUUACGCGGAUGUGUGCACUGAAUGAAAAAAUUGAAAGAGUAGUGUUUGUUGGCAACUUUCUGCGAGUCAAUACUCUUUCGAUGAAGCAGCUCGCCUAUGCAAUGGAUUUUUGGUCCGAUGGAGCUUUAAAAGCCCUAUUUCUUGAGCACGAGGGUUACUUUGGUGCCGUUGGUUGUUUAUUGAGACUCGUGCAUAUACAACCGACAUGCCUACCUCCAAAGGAGGGUGACUCUUAAUUAGUCAUUAGAAAAUGACAUGCAAGUUCAAAGAUACUGCUAGAUUUUGUUUUCUGCCAAGGAAAUUCCAGCACACAUUCUCAGCUCAGACAACAAUGUUUAAUUUCUCAUAUUUAGUGUAGUUGCUCAUAUUUAUUGAGCAUUUCCUUCUUCUACCAUCUCUUUAAGUGCCGAUGGCAGCCAACAAAACCAAAAAGAACAGUAGAUUUAUACGUAUCUCUCUUCCAGUUGACAUUGAUUUUUCUGUACAAAAUUUGGGUCUUUAUUGUUGUUUCUUAACGAACCAGAUUUUUGACCACAGUUUAUUAAAUAUGUCGAAAUUGUAUAAUCGUCAUAACACUCGGGGCUAUUACAGUUUGUAUUGGGAUAGUA